AUUACCAAAUAAAAAACUUUAAAAACAAUUUAGUUAUACAAAAAACGAACAUAACGUAACAUGUUAAAUAGUAUCUGUGCUUACCAAAGGCAAAUAUGAAAUUAAAUCUUUCCUCUCUGAAUUUAUAUCUAUUGUGCCAAAGGAAUUACGAUUAAAGCACAAGUAAUGGUAUUGAAAAGUCAUGUUUGUUUUUUUUUAUCUCUCUUGCGAUCGGAAUUAAAUAAGCAAUAAUACUCCUCUACUAACGACCUAAGAAUAUCCACAUAGCUUUUAUUGCAAGAUCAUACCCAAAAUGUACAUGUUGUAAUGAAUUUAUGUUUUUAGACAUUGACGAGACUACUAUAUGAUAGGUAUAAAUCUUUGUACCUCAUCAUAUCAUCGUAGUCUGUAUAGAUAAACAAAUCAUCGUGAUGAUUUUUGCUCUUUAUCACAAUGAUAAACAUUGUUUGGUCAAAUAUAAACAGGUGAAUUUAAACAAGGUGAGGCAGUCGUGUACGGAAGGUAAUGGUAAUAUCACUAAAAUGUUGAAAUGGAUAUUGUUAGGAGUAUUAAUGAUAAUUGGAAGAGGAGAUGCAAAGGAAGCAUGGUUGGUGAACACAGACCAAGGCCCUGUCCGAGGAUACAAAGCAUCUGGUGAUGAUGUUUUCGUAUUUUAUGGAAUCCCAUACGCAACUGCACCUACCGGCCGUAAUAAAUAUAAGGCACCACUUCCAGCUUCUACUUGGUCAGAGCCAUUUGAAGCGGUUAAUAGAAACAUAAUUUGCCCACAAAUGUAUAGUGUUUACAUGGCACAUCCGAAUGGAACUCAAGUAAAUGACUGUUUGGUCGCUAACAUUUAUGUUCCGGAUACAAAACGAGAUAAGUUACCAGUUUUAGCCCAAGUCCACGGAGGUGGAUAUCAAAUUGGUUACGGUAACUUUAUCGUAGGAAAAAACUUGAUUAGGGAGAAAGAAAUGAUAAUUGUCAAUUUUAAUUAUCGCCUCGGACCCCAUGGAUUUCUAUGUCUAGGCACACCAGACGCACCGGGUAACGUCGGUAUAAAAGAUCAGGUAGCUUUACUUCGUUGGAUUCAGAGAAAUAUCGCCAGUUUUGGUGGUAACACUGAUGAUGUGACUAUAACAGGAUACAGUGCAGGGGCAUCGGCAGUAGACCUUUUAAUGCUCUCACCGAUGACUAAAGGUUUGUUUAACAAAGUCGUGCCAGAAAGUGGACCUAAUUUAGCAGCGUUUAGUGUUCAAGGGGAGCCGCUAGAAAAUGCUAAAAGAUACGCAAAGAUGUUAAACUUUUCAGGAGACGUUAAUGACAUUUAUGCCCUUGAAGAAUUUUAUAAAACGGUCUCUGAUGAUGUCUUGCAUUCUGUCAAUGUACUAUUUGAAAAGAACGAGACUUUAAUUUUCACACCUUGUAUAGAACGUGAUGUUGGUGAAGAGAUGUUCCUGAAUGACUCCCCUUACAAUAUAUUAAAAAACGGUAGGCAACACAAGGUGCCUAUGCUUUAUGGAUUCGCGGAAAUGGAAGGAUUGAUAAGAAUACCAUUCUUUGACAUGUGGAAGGAUGGCAUGAAUGAUAAAUUUUCAGAUUACCUACCUGGCGAUUUACAAUUUAAAACUGAAGCGGAAAGAGAAAAGAUCCCAGAGGAAGUGAAAAGGUUCUAUUUUAGUGGACAACCAAUUAAUGAAGAAACUGUAUUUAGAUAUAUUGAUUAUUUUACCGAUAUUUUUUUCGGUUACGGUACCCUUAGGUCAGUGAGGCUACAAGUGGAAUCAGGCAACAAUAACAUCUACUUGUAUCAAUACGACUUUGUCGAUGAGACCGAGCUUUUUAUACCACAUACAGAGUUACGUGGCGCUGAUCACUGCGCACAGAGUUUGGGAGUUUUCGAUAGCUUUACACAAGACCCUUAUGAAGAAAACCUCACUGAUGAUUUAAAGGGUGUAAAAAGAAUGAUGAGAAAAAUGUGGGCUAGCUUUAUAACAACUGGUAAACCUAUACCAGAGGGCUCUGACCUGCCCGACUGGCCGCCAGCUAAAGCCAACGGAGGUCCUCACAUGCGUAUUGACAAGUUCAUCAAACUGCGGGGACCACUGCUACAGCAACGUGUUCUGUUCUGGGAUGAAAUCUACGACAAAUAUUAUAAAGCGCCUUCUCCGCCACCUACACCACCACCGAGGCAUAAAUCCGAGUUGUAAUGAAGCAAAAAAGACUUUUUCCUGUAGAGAUUUUUUUGUCAGAUUCUCUAAGAAAUGAGCCAUACUGUACAUGUUCGAUUUUACAUAAAAAUAUGAAGAGCAACAAUAUGGCUGAUCAGCUAUUAUUUUCAAAAUGUUAUUGCUCACUUCGCAGUUUCCAUAAUGUUUACUGAUUGUUUGAAGAUUUCGAACGAGAUAAAUGCAAACUUUUGAAAUAAUAAUAUAGUAAGAAACUCGCGUUGAAGUUUUGGUUAAUAGCGCAAUAAAGGAAGGGUAACAAGAAAACUUUGAAGUAUUAUCUUCGAGUUCGAGUUCGUUUUGAAACCGCCCCCAGACUUUGAGUUUGGUUUUAUCUUCGAUUUAUCAUAUUCGUAACGCGAUAAAUGUUCUCAUUUGCUUCUACCUUUUAGGAUUAAACUAAGUUUUCAAUGUUUAAUGUUGAGUAUGUUAAAGCCUCAUGGUCUGUUUAGAUUUUAUGUUUAUUUUAAAGUCUCGACUAGAAAAUUAGUGACUAGGCUUUGCUGUGUUUGUUUCUGUGAUGUUUUUAAUAAUAAACCCGUACGUAUACUACAAUUACACAUUUUUUUAUUCUUGAAGAGGUUUGAUUUAAGCGUUAAUACAAUAAAAAUUUGAUUGAUCGCAUUGUUUGACUUCAACGCUGUCUUUUUGAUAUGGGUAGGCAAUCUCCUGGGAGGCGGCUGUUCGAAAAAUACCUAUUUGUAUGACAAGAACAAAUGGCUAUUUCUAUAUUAUUGCAUUUGAAAAAUCAUUGUAU